CGAAUCAAGUGAGGCUCUUCAGAAUUCUACUGUUCGGUCUUAGGAUUCUGCAGACAAAUGUGAAGCCAGGUGGGGUGUGGAGAGAGACCUGGGAUAGAGGGGAGUGUAUUGUUUGAAGCAUGAGAGAAGGCUCUGCUUCUAGAUGCUUCUAGAUGUCCUUCCAUCGAUCUGGCUGCUUGUAACAGACUCUGGGUAUCGGUGAUUAACUGUUCUCUCUCCCUAAGGUGGAGGUCUUAAGGUUCCAGUAGACUUGCGCCAUCCACAUUUGCUUCAGUUUUUUUGUUGGUUUAUUUGUUUAUUUUGUUUUGUUUGUUUUGUGUUUUUCCUUCUUCUUCUUCGGCGUUUGGCAAUCUGUGAGUUUUUUUUGGUCAUUGAGUUUUCUUGCUGAGGGAAUUUUAAGGUUAGUGUGUGGUAUCGAGGGCUUAAGAUCUGAGGUUUAAGAUCUGAGGUUUAAGAACGGUUAAGCAAUCAUGUAUCGCGCGGCGGCAGCUUUGGCGUCCCGAGUUAACAGGGGGCGCUCACUUGUACAAAAUUUCAGUAAGUUGCAAUCAACUCGACAUUUUUCUGCAAAGGAUAUCAGGUUUGGGGUUGAGGCCCGUGCCCUUAUGCUCCAAGGCGUGGAGCAACUUGCAGAUGCGGUACAAGUGACCAUGGGCCCCAAGGGCCGGACUGUUAUUAUUGAGCAAUCAUUUGGCUCUCCGAAAGUCACCAAGGAUGGUGUUACUGUGGCCAAAGCCAUAGAGUUCAAGGACAGGCUGCAGAACGUGGGAGCAUCACUCGUGAAGUCAGUCGCUAGUUCUACAAAUGACGUUGCUGGAGAUGGAACAACUUGUGCAACAGUGCUCACCCGAGCAAUUUUUGUUGAGGGCUGCAAAUCAGUUGCAGCUGGCAUGAACGCAAUGGACCUACGUAGAGGUAUUAGUGUUGCUGUUGAUGCCGUUGUGUCCUAUCUCAAGAGCCAGGCUAAGAUGAUUAGCACAUCGGAAGAAAUUGCUCAGGUUGGAACAAUCUCUGCGAAUGGAGACCGAGAAAUUGGUGACUUGCUAGCUCGUGCUAUGGAGAAGGUUGGCAAGGAGGGUGUCAUCACUGUCUCUGACGGAAAAACUCUGUUUAAUGAGUUGGAGGUUGUGGAGGGUAUGAAGCUCGACAGAGGAUAUAUCUCUCCCUAUUUCAUCACCAAUUCUAAGACUCAAAAAGUGGAAUUCGAAAAUCCAGUUAUCUUGAUCCACGAGAAGAAGAUCAACAGUCUUCAAGCGAUCCUCCCAGUGCUUGAACUUGUUGUCAAGGAUCAAAGGCCUCUCCUGAUUGUUGCUGAAGAUGUGGAAAGUGAAGCUUUGGCUACGCUGAUAGUCAAUAAGCUUAGGGGUGGUGUGAAGGUUUGUGCCAUCAAGGCCCCUGGUUUUGGUGAGAACAGGAAAUCAUUAAUGCAAGACCUUGCCGUGUUAACUGGUGGUCAGCUCAUUACUGAAGACAUGGGAUUAAAACUCGAGAAUAUCACACCAGAUAUGCUGGGACACUGCAAAAAGGUCACCGUAUCGAAGGAUGACACCAUUAUCUUGGAUGGCGGAGGUAACAAAGCUAUUCUCGAAGAUCGUACUGAACAGAUCCGAGAGGCCAUCAGCACUGCCACUUCCGAUUACGACAAGGAGAAAUUGCAGGAGAGGUUGGCCAAAUUGUCAGGAGGUGUAGCUGUACUUAAGAUUGGAGGAGCUAGUGAAGUUGAGGUUAGUGAGAAGAAAGACCGUGUUACUGAUGCAUUGAAUGCCACCAAAGCCGCUGUUGAGGAGGGCAUUGUUCCUGGUGGUGGUGUUGCUCUUUUGUAUGCUUCACGGGAGCUUGACAAUGUUCAAACUUCAAACUUCGACCAGAAGGUUGGAGUGCAAAUUAUUCAGAAUGCCUUAAAGAUGCCUGCGUACACAAUUGCACGCAAUGCUGGAGUCGAGGGAGCUGUGGUGGUUGGAAAGCUUUUGGAGGAAGCCAACUUGAACAUUGGAUAUGAUGCUGCCAAAGCUGAGUACGUCGACAUGGUGAAGGCAGGAAUAAUUGAUCCUGUAAAGGUCAUCAGAACAGCGCUUGUUGAUGCUGCUAGUGUCGCAUCGCUUCUUACAACAACUGAAGCAAUAGUUGCCGAUUUCCCCAAGGACGACGAGGCAAUGCCUGGUAUGGGAGGAAUGGGAGGCAUGGGAGGCAUGGGGGGGAUGUACUAGACAAAGUUAAGGUAUGAAACAAUCGAGAAGUUUCAAUUCGAGGAAAAUUAAUGUAAUGCACUCAACAUUGAUAUUUUUGGACUAGACUUAUCCUCGUGUUUGAAAGAGACUGGGACAAGACCGUAUGCCCUAAUGACGCUUAGCUUAGAUUUGCUUCUUCAUUUAUAUGGUAGCCAAUAGACGAGCAUAACCUUGCAAGUGCUCUAAAAGAUAAUCUUACGAAACCCAAACUAAACCAUGAUGAAUCACGGUAAAUGACUUGAAACUGGACGCGGUUUUGUGUAGUUGAGUGCUAAAACUUUAUGGAGGCAGAUCAUCGUUCUAAUAUAUUUAUCUUGUCUAUUACUAAAUUUAAAGCUCACUUCGAAGGUUACACUUUUGCUAA